AAUUACUAUUACUGAGGUCUAUAUUCACAUGCUUACGGGAGCUUGGGAAUAGGUUAGAGCAGAUGACUGCUGAGCAAUGAAUUCAAGGGCCAGUCUAUUGGGAGUAUUUUUUUUUUCUCUCAGUGACUUAAACUUCUGUCUGAGUUCUCAGAGUUUUUAGUCAGCUGGCCUUUAGCAGAGCUGCAACUUCCCCAAGGAAGCCCUUCCUCAACUUUCACUGGAGGGCUGUCCUGAGAGCCUGGGAGACGAACGCUGCAAGCAGAAGGGAAGUCUCCUCCUUCAUCCAAACAGCAGGUACGUACAGCAACGAGUUAAACUUUGAUGCUGCUGGAAAGCUGAGCCAAACGUUUCUCUGACUGCAGGACAAAGUGGGGAUUCCGUAACUUGGAGCUGCAGCCUUUUAAAAAAAUAUAGCACCGAGGAUGAAGGCACUGUUUAAAUGAAACAGAUUUGUGCUUAUGAAUGGGCUGAAUAACCGAUCAAACGUACCACACAGUGGGCACGUUCCAUACAGCUGUAUGGCUAAUUCAUUGGGGAGCCUAUUACACUGGCUUGGAUCCUUUAAGUUAAGGAAGCACUGAGCCAUGAAACUGUAUCUUUUACUCUUCCUGGCAGCGAACGGAGGGAUCUCUAGCCAUCGGCCCUUGGAAGAGUCGCCCUGUGAAAUGGUAAAGAUGAAGGCAUUUUGUCAUGGCAAAGAGCUUCACCGAAUCCCUCCAGAGCUCCAUCCAAACAUAAAUAAAAUAGAUUUGUCUGGAAAUCAGAUAAAAAAUAUCUCUGAGAAGCCACUGACAUUUUAUACCUCGCUCCAGCAUUUGGAUUUAAGAUCCAACCAAAUAAGUUUCAUUGAGCCUGGAGUCUUCACACACAUGACAAGCCUGAUGGAGGUAAAUUUAGCCAAUAACCAGUUAGAUGAGUUGGCUCAGCAUAGGACACCGGGGGUUGGACUUUUACCAGAGAUCAGAACACUGGACUUGUCCCACAACAGACUUUACAAUGGAAUGGCUGAAUAUUUUAUACACAAAGCACCAUCACUUCAGUAUCUUUCCUUGGCAGAAAACAGCAUUACCGUGAUAUUGCGCAGGAUGUUUCAGGGGUCUCCAGCUCUUGUUGAGGUUGACCUCCACAGUAAUAUCAUCAUGGAAAUAGAAGAAGGUGCCUUUGAAACUCUGGUGCAUCUCACCAAGCUCAAUCUCUCCAUGAACUCGAUCACUUGCAUCUCAGAUUUCAACCUCAGACAACUGCAGAUACUCGACCUCAGUAGGAACAGCAUUGAGAGUUUUCAUACCACAGAGUCAAAGGAAGAGUAUAACCUGAGGUGGCUGGAUCUUAGUGAGAACAAGCUACUGCGCUUCCCAGUUUUCCCCCAGGUGAACAAGCUGGCGUAUCUGAAUUUAUCUAAGAAUUUAAUGCAGCUUACUGCAGACUCUGCUCACAAUGAGAUGGACUAUAUGGAAAGGGACUGGCUAGAAGCUCCUUUUCAUCUUCUGGAUCAGAAGCAAAAUACGAACACAAGUUCUCUGUAUCUAUCCCAGCUUUUAUAUUUAGACUUAAGUUAUAAUGAGAUCAAAUCCAUCCCAAAUGAGUUCUUUGAGUCAAUGUCCUCCCUUCGGUUUCUUAAUCUCAGUAAAAAUUGUCUCCAGACAUUUGCAGUAAAUUAUGACAGUGCAUUGAUAUCACUAGCCAUCCUUGAUUUAAGCUUCAAUGCUUUGCAAAAUCUCUUACUAGAUGCCAGCACAUUGACUAAUUUACAGGAGCUCUACAUUCAAAACAAUCAUCUCCAAGCCCUCCAAUUUGAUAUCUUUGCAAGCCUUCCCAGCAUCAAAUUGCUUAAUCUCCAGAGUAAUAAUAUUAGCUUUUGCAGCAUGUAUUCAGGAUUAGCUAAACAAAGGCUUCCUGGAGAGGAGACUGGUUGUGUAUCAUUUGUUGACUUCCCUGCUCUUAGGUACUUAUAUCUAGCUGACAACAUGUUGAAGAAUUUACCAAUAUAUGCUUUUUACAAGACUUCAAUAAUUCUCCUGGAGCUCUCCAUGAACCAAGGACUGAAAAUAGAGGCUAAAGCACUAUCAGGACUGGAGACAUCUCUUGAGUAUUUGAAUUUACAUGGCAAUGGCAUGACAGUUUUAAAUAUUGACCUGCCUCGUUUUCAUCAUCUUAAACAUUUAAACCUGUCGGAAAAUCAGCUGAGCUGGUUACCCAAAUGGGGUAGUGAUGCUUCGUUGGAAGUUCUGGAUCUACAGAAAAACAGUUUUAGUAAUCUACAAAGCAGUAACAUUUUAGCAUUAGAGAACUCUCUUAAAAACUUAUAUCUUGCUGGGAACCCACUCAGCUGCUGUGGAAAUGUCUGGCUCUCAUCUAUAAUCCAUAAUAAAAAUGUAGAGAUCCCUGGUGUAGAGCAGAUAACAUGCCAGCACUCCAAGAGCUUUGGGUACCAAGAAGAAAUUUAUAUUAGCAACGUAAGACCAGAAGUCUGUGAAAAAGAGGAUCUAAAGAAAAUCAACUUGCUUAUUAUACUAACGGUUGCAUUAGUUUUAUCAGUGAUCAUCAUUGGACUGGGUUCAUUCUGCUGCUUCCGCAGACAAAAGUUUAGCCAGCAAUUUAAAGCAUAGCACAUGCACGAACUUAACGAGAAAUAAAAUCAGGGUGCUACACUGAAAACAUAGAGAAAUGAAGGGUCCAAUUCUUGCCUGUGAUUUAACUGUGGAUUUUAGGCCAGUUUUUAAUCUGCUCUCAGUUGCACCAGCAUCGUUUCUUGGGGUUGCAGCAACAAAGUAACUGAGAAGAGAAUUUGUCAUAUUUUGCACUUGUUCCAUGCUCAUGCAGACCUGUGAAAGCUUGCUCAUCAGAAGCGGAGAAUUACAUAAACCUGUGCUAGUUUAAGGUUUGUGGAACUUAAACCAGCCAAAACUCUUUUGGGCACUACAAACUUUGCACUGAAAUGCUAAGCCAGCUUUUUGGUGCCUCUGGAUAGGGAGAAUCCCCUCCCGCCCCAUGCCAAGGCUGCAUAUCAUGGUUUAAUGGUCAUUUGUGUGACAACACUUGGGGAUCUCAUCACAGCCGACAGGCAGGAUAACUCCUCAUGCACCUUUGCAAAACUUCCCAAACCCACAUGCUUCAGCGAAACCCAUCUCUUUGAUUUGGGGUUUUGCUCUUUCAUAACAGGUUUGAGGCAGUUCAACUCUUAAAGCUAAACUCAAGGGAAGUGAGCCCACGCGACCCAGGACCAGGGAGAAACAAAGUCGGACCCUUCUCCCUUUGAAGUCAAUUGCAAAUCUCCCACUCAUUCCAAUGUGAACAGGAUUAGACUAGUGAUCUCAAAAACAAUAACUUCACACAGAUCUGUGGAGCUCAUGACAGCUACUGAAGCUAUGUGGUUGUUUGUGAGGAUCAAACCAAGGACCUUCAGUAUCAAAACCACAGGUGUCUAAUGCUUGUGUUAAAGGAGAGCUCAAGUAGUUAGCAGCGAGCUGUUACAUUCAACGGGACUAGCUACUACUGGGAGACAUGAUUACGCAUAUGAAACUCAGUGUCUUAUGCCUAUACCACAAGAUGUGAUAGACAUUUGCACUGAGUAUCACAGUUACACAGUUCAGCUCAGAGAGGAGGAAUGUCUCCAUAGCGUGCAAUAUAUAUUUAUCUGGUUUUAAUGUGAAAAAAUUCAUUUCUUUGGCAACCACAUUAUUUUAAAAAAAAAUCUCCCUUAGAGAAUGAAUUUCAACCAGUAAAUAUUAGACCUAAAUGUUUAUUUGUUUAGAAACAGCAAUUUAACACACACUGCAUACAGUUAGAUUUCAAUGCAUGAAGUAAAUAAAAAAAAGUAUAAAACAAAAUAAUUAUAGUCCAGUCCUUGUCCUAGAUGGAAUUUAUUUUUUAAUCUCAGGUGUAUAAACGUCCAUGGAUGGCCUUGCAGAUUAACAUCAUAGGUCCUUUGCCAAAGACUCAAAAAGGCAACCAAUACCUGUUGGUGGUUGUCAAUCCUUUUUCAAAGUGGGUACAGGCAUUUCCUCUAAAGGCCAAUACUGCAAAAGCUGCAGCCAGAGUCCUAGUAAAGCAAGUCUUCUCUCAAUGGGAAUCACAUUUUACUGGACAGUUCUUUAUGAACUGCUUUAAAUUAAUGAAAGUCCUGCAAAAACUAUACAUGCCCCACAAACCACAGUCAUCUGGGAUGGUGAAACAAACCAAUCGAACUCUAAAAGUAAUGUUUAAAAAACUGGUUCAUGCCAAUAGGCAUAACUGGGACACACUCAUGCCUCUAAUUCUAAUGGCACUGAAAGUGACACCAGCUGCGUCUAGUAAUAAAACACCCUUUAAGGUAAUGACAGGCCAAAGCAUGCAACUACCAAAACAUUUAAUUUGGCACACCAGCGGCACUCAAUUAAAAAAAAAAAACAAAAAACAAAAUAAAUGCCUACCUGCAAAAUCUGCAAAAAUGUUUAAAUCAGGUCCACUUGCAGGCAGCUACUAAACUGGAAAACUCCAUACAAAAGGCAAAGGCCUA